CUCCCCGUGCGCUGUUUUCUUGUUUUCGUACUUCCUGGUUGAGUUCACUCGUUGAGCUUUCCAGAAUAAACAGAAAACGAAAAGAAAAAGGGAAAGGGAGGAUCAGAGAACAGAGAAGCAGACGGAGUUCAUGGAGAGCUUUUCCGAAAUGGUUCCACUUCCGCUGUUGAUGACUCCAGUAGAAUCGAAUUAUCGAGCUUGCACCAUUCCUUACCGAUUCCCAUCCGAUAAUCCCCGAAAGGCAACAUCGACUGAGCUGGAUUGGAUUGACCUUUUCUUGAGCUCUGUACCGUCUUUCAGGCAACGUGCAGAAAGUGACAUAACAGUUACUGAUGCUCAUAGUAGAGCUGAAAAGUUUGCUCAAAGGUACACAGAGAUUCUUGAAGACUUAAAGAAGGAUCCUGAAAGUCAUGGAGGGCCCCCUGAUUGCAUUCUUCUAUGUAGGAUCCGUGAGCAAGUCCUCAGAGAGUUAGGAUUCAGAGAUAUAUUCAAGAAAGUUAAGGAUGAAGAGAAUGCAAAGGCUAUCUUGCUAUUUGAAGAUGUAGUUUGUCUUAAUGAUUCCAUUGAAGACGAAGGCCAACGUUUAGAGAAUUUGGUUAGGGGCAUAUUUGCAGGGAACAUAUUUGAUCUAGGUUCUGCAAAGCUAGCAGAGAUAUUUGCAAAGGAUGGAAUGUCCUUUUUGGCUAGUUGUCAGAAUAUUGUUCCUCGACCUUGGGUUAUUGAUGAUUUGGACACUCUUAAGCUUAAAUGGAGUAGAAAACCAUGGAAAAAGGCUGUAAUUUUUGUUGACAAUUCUGGUGCUGAUAUCAUCUUGGGCAUUUUGCCAUUUGCAAGGGAGUUGCUUCGUCGUGGGACACAGGUUGUUCUAGCAGCGAAUGACUUGCCUUCCAUCAAUGAUGUAACCUAUGCUGAACUGCUUGAGAUUAUUGCCAAGUUGAAGGAUGAAAAUGGACAGCUCGUGGGGGUUGACACAUCUAAUCUUUUGAUUGCCAAUUCUGGUAAUGAUUUGCCGGUCAUUGAUCUUUCAAGAGUAUCACAGGAACUUGCUUACCUGGCAAGUGAUGCUGACCUAGUUAUCUUGGAAGGGAUGGGUCGUGGAAUAGAGACAAACCUUUAUGCCCAAUUUAAAUGUGAUUCCCUCAAGAUUGGCAUGGUGAAACAUCCAGAAGUUGCACAGUUCUUAGGAGGGAGGCUCUAUGAUUGUGUCUUCAAAUACAACGAAGUUUUGAGUUGAUUAUUACUACUAUUUUAUCUUAUAAUUCCACCUGUAACUGUAAGCAAGCCCAUUGUAGUACUAUUAUGUCAAACUUUGGUUUGAGGUUGGGGAGGAGGAUUCCUCAUCCAUCUCUUUGACUGUAACUUUUUAAAUGUGCUAGAGUAUUGAUGGGUUUUGGUAGUUAAAUAAAUGAAAACCUGAACAGUAUUAAUUUAUACUAA